AUGGCCGACCCCCUCCUCACAUCCCUCUGCUCCAUAUGCCACGUCGCUCGUCCGAAAUACAAAUGCCCCCGGUGCAACAUGCAGACAUGUUCCCUGCCCUGCAACAAAAAACACAAAGCCUGGUCCGAGUGCAGCGGCCAGCGCGAUCCGACAAGCUAUGUCCCGCGGUCGAGACUGCGCACCGCUGCCGGUGUCGACCAUGACUACAACUUCCUCCACGGCAUCGAGGUGUCCGUGGAGCGCUCCGAAAAGCUCCUGGUUGAGGAGAAGGGGCUGGUGCAGCAGGCGGAGCUGCGGCCGUUGACGAUGCAACAAGUUCGUUGGAAGACGGGGCGUGAUGGGAGGAAGAGGAGAGUGUUGGUGACGACACUGUUGAGGGAGGCCAAGGGGAGGACGUUCGAGAAGGGGCUGGCGCAGAGGUUGAAGAGAUUGAACGUGCAGAUUCUCUGUGCGCCGCUGGGAAUGACCCGGCAAAGAGAGAAUUCCACGACGCUCAACCGCAGGACGGGGAGGAUAAAUUGGCAAGUCGAGUGGAUAGCGGUUGGCCAGCGGGACGGGCAAGGGGACAAGGAGACUACGAGGUCAUUGAGCAAGGUGAUGGAUGACGUUCCCCUUUUUCAGGCGUACCCGGCCGUGCUGCAAGGAAAGGCUCGCGCAGAGACCGGGUCACGGAAACAGGACAGGCAGAUGCGGAUCGGGAGGUUGCAGAGUGCGGUCGACUCGAGGGGGAGUCCGGGCCUGGAUUGUAUCCAGGAUCCCGUUGAUGGGACAUGGACGUCUUUUGCUGGGGCUCACUUGGAGGACUGGCCUGCAGAGAUGGACAAGGCUCAACGAGAGCAAUUUAGGUUUUUCCUCGCAGGUCCACAAACGAGAUGUGGCAUGCCAACACAAGUCACGGCGCUGGAAUCUGGGGACUGCCUCCGCGGUAUUCUGGCCAACACUCGCGUCUUGGAGUUUCCGACUAUUUACGUCGUCGAGCGUGGAGACGCGCUUCCUCCAAGAUUCGUCUUGGGACCGAAGGACUCGAUUCCCCCGCGGGCUCAAGGGACGAAGCGGAAAGACGGACCAUGCAGCGAGAAAUUACAGGCAUCAGCACAGCGUAGAAAACAGAGUGGAGUGGAUCGAGAGGAAGGGGAAGUGGGCAGUGGUGAGGAUGGAGAGGGUGGCGGUGACGAGGAGGCUGGGUCCAAAGGAGUCAGUCUGGAGGCUGGCGAGGUUAUAGCCGAGGAAAGCCUGGGUGAAGAGGACGACGAUGAAGAGGACGACGAUCAAGACGACACGAGCAGCUCUGGGUCGGAGACAGACGUCGACAACAUCGCCCACGCCAACGACGCAGACGCACCAUUGACGCUCCUCCUCCUCCCUCGGCGACUACGCGCCGGCCUCGCGCCCAACUUGCAGUACAUGGCAUGGCUGCCAGCCUGCCCGCCGUCCGUCCCAGCCAUCAUGGAUGACGGCCCCGUGCCCAAGCUGUCCGAACUGCUUCGGCACCCCGACGACCUCGACAAGAUCCCCGCGCUGAAGCUGGAGUUCUCGCGCAAAAAGGGAGUCGUUGACGGCCAACUACGCAAUGGUCUCCGCGAGCAGCUCGAAACCACCCAAUCGGGCAUGACGGGCCUGAGCGACGGCCAAAGGACAGUCCAGCUCGUCAAGGAAGAAAUGAUGAAGAUUGACCGCCUCUGCUCCGAAUCCCAAAACAUGAUCAAGGACUUUGCCAGCAUCAACCUGGUGUCCCAGGCCCACAGGAACUUUGUCGCUGUCGAAACAAUGAGGCGCGACCUGGAGACCUUCAACGACAGGCUGACCGUCGUGGAGAACAUGUUGCGCCAGGACGACGAGGACCAGGAGAACAUGCCAAACCUGCUGCCGUGCCACUACGAGCUGACGCAGCUGAGGAACAUCCGAGAUGACGCCAUGGAGCAGAUACAGAGGGCCCAAGAUCCUGGCCUGGAGUCGACGUUGGAGGACUACUUUGCGAGGCUGGACGACACGAUUGACUGGUUCGACGAGCACGUCGGCCUCUUGGCAAUGAACCUCAUCAGCCUCGUCGUCAACGACAACAAUGGGCUCGUGGUCCGCUUUGCCCUGGUCAUGGAGGCCGAAGAGAAGAGCGACCAGCGCGUGCUGGCGCUGCAAGAAGCGCUCAAGGAUCACGAAGAAAUGGCGGCCCGCUUCCAGAGCAUCACAGACGGCGCCAAAAAGGUCCGCGGCUACAAGGACAAGUUCCUGCAGGCCAUCAAGCUCGGUGCUGAGCAGCAGCUCGAGCAGUCCCGCGAAGAGUUCCUCGACGACGCCUCGCGACUUGAAAAGAUCAUGAAGUGGUACUUCAACGACCUCAACGCCGUGCGCGUCGGCAUGACUCCCCUCAUGCCCAAGAAGUGGAAGAUUGGCAAGACCUACGCCGACAUAUAUCACCAGCUCAUGCACGACUUCCUCGUCGGCAUGAUUGAGGACCCGCAAGGCACGUCUGCCCACAAUCUCGAAAUCAUCAGCUUCCCCGAAAAGUACUACAGAAAGAUGGCCAAGAUGGGCUACAGGCAGGAGGACCUCACCCCGCACGUCAUCGACAACCGCGAGGCCGAGCUCGUCCGCGACUUCCGUCAGCUCAUCAUCAAGUUCCUCGACGAGUGGAUGGACCGCAUCUUCAACCAAGAGAAGAAGGACUUUGGGGAGCGCAACGUCGAGGGCUCCAACCUGGACCAGGACGAGUACGGCUACUUCCGCACCAAGAACCUCAUCGCCCUCUGGCGCAUGCUCCGCGAGCAGAUCGACGCCGGGGCCAACUCGAAGCGCUCCGACGUGAUCGAGGGCGUCAUCGACGCCAUGUUCCUGCGCCUCCGCGCGCGCCAGCACUCGUGGCAGCGCAUGCUCGAGGACGAGAUAUCGCGCUACGAGACGGGCAAGGUCCCCGAGCUCGAGGGCUUCCAGGCCCUCCAGGACUGGCUCGUCGCCACGGCCAACGACCAGAUCGCCUGCAUCGACGACAACGACGAGGAGUCCCGCCUGGGCUACCUCUCGUCCUUCCGGGCAAACUUCGAGCCCCACGUCACGCCGCAGUACCUAGAGCGCGGCGAGUCGGAGCUCAACGCCCUGCGCGACCUGUACGUCGACUUCUCGACCUGGUGCAUCACCAAGUUCGCGCACCUCAUCUUCGCCGUCGACUUCCGCGCCGUCAUGCCCGACUUCUUCACGCCCAAGUGGUACGCCAACACGGCCAUGAAGCAAAUGGUCGUCACCUUUGACGAGUACGUCAGCGACUACCGCCAGGUCCUGCACCACUCCCUCGUCGACAUCUUCAUCGAGGUCUUUGCCGACGAGCUGCUCGUGCGCUACCUCCUCUCCGUGCGCAACAAGGGCGCCAAGUUCCGCCGCGCAGACCCCUUCCGCGACAAGCUCUUCAACGACAUCUCCACCGCCUUUGACUACUUCGCCAGCCUGCCCAACCCGGACGUGGGCAACUCCAUCAAGCAGACGUGGAGGGUCACGGAACCCUUCCUCGGCCUGCUGACCUGCGACAAGGACGCCGUGGCCGACCAGUUCGCCGCCUUCAAGGCCGCCUACUGGGACUUGCAGCUCUCGUGGGUCGAAGCCGUCCUGAGGUCGAGGGACGAUUUUGAGAGGGGCAUGCUGAACGCCGUCAAGGCCAGGGCCGCGCAGAUAGGCGUCUCAAGGGGGCCCGAGACCAUCAUGAGCAAGGUCAAGUAG